UACACAUUUUCAUCAAACACUACCUCUGGCAGGGAAAAGCUUCUGAGGGAGAAGCGAGCUGUCCUGCCUCAGAAAAGCUAUGUAGAAUUGUUUGUGGUGGUGGAUAACAAGAGGUUUUUGCUGAAGAAUUCUGAUCCUGCUGCGGUGCAAAAGGAAACAGUCGAGCUGAUUAAUUACGUUGAUGGGAUGUAUAGACCAUUAAACAUCCAGAUCGUUUUGGUUGGAUUAGAGAUUUGGACAGAUGCAAACCACAUCUCUGUAAUGGAUGGUUCAGCUGGGGAUGUCCUGGGCAGAUUUGUUUCUUGGAGGCAGAAAGAUCUUCUUAAGCGAUCAAGAAACGAUGUCAGUCAUCUCAUAAUAGGGAGAAGCUCUUUCAAGGGAUCCAUUGGAAUGGCUUUUGUGGGUACUGUCUGCUCACAAGUGCAGGGAGGGUCAAUCAGCACUCUGAACCACAACAAUAUGUUGCGUCACGCCACGGUGGUUGCACAUGAGUUGGGGCACAAUCUGGGCAUGAAACACGACGAUAAGAGGUGUCCUGCAUCCUACAUAAUGCACAGCACAGACAAUGGAUCCAGGAAUUUCAGCACCUGCAGUGCUGAUGAUUUUGAGACCCUUAUUCUUAAUGGAGGAGGAAACUGCCUUAGAAAUCCUCCCAAGACAAGUAAUGUGUACAGAGAACCUGUCUGUGGUAAUAAUGUGGUUGACAACAACGAAGAAUGUGACUGUGGCAAACCACAGGAAUGCUCCAACCCCUGCUGUGAUGCUGCAACCUGCAAACUCACGCCUGGAUCCCAGUGCGCUCAAGGACUGUGCUGCAAAAAUUGCAAGUUUAAAGUGGCAGGAGCAGAGUGCAGAGCAAAAAGGGAUUUCUGUGACCUCCCUGAGUACUGCAGUGGGAGCAGUGCCUACUGCCCAGAGGACGUUUACAUCAUGAAUGGCCACCCGUGCAGCAACAACAAGGCCUAUUGCUACUAUGGAGUGUGCCAGAGUUUUGAUUCACAGUGUGAGGCUAUAUACGGGAAAGGGGCACGAAAAGCACCUGAUAUAUGCUUCGAGAAAGCAAAUAUUAAAGGAGAUCGGUUUGGAAACUGUGGGAUGAAAGGUGGAGUGUACAAGAAAUGCCCUGUCCAGCACAGUCUGUGUGGCAAACUCCAGUGCACAUCUGUCAGUCUCCACAACCUUCCUGCCUGGAGUGUUGUCAAUAAUGCAUCCGGGGUUUUGUGCUGGUCUUCUGACUUUGACUUAGGAUCAGAUAUCCCUGACCCUGCUCAAGUUCACGAUGGGACAGCCUGUGGAGAAAACAAGGUAAGAGGCAUCACAGCAGCAUGAUG